AGCCGCUGUGUGGAAACAGGAAGUUGACUCUUUUUAAUGGGAGUUGUGUGAAAGUGCUCAGCAGUCAGAAAGUGAACAGGAGAGCAGAGCAGAGACUGUGAAGCAGCUGGACUCCACUGGACUCCCCGCUCUCACUGCAGGUGUUGGCUCUGCUAUGGAACCGGCUGGGAAGAGAAAGAGGAGGUUCCCCACCUGUAGAACCACUCUGUCUGGAGAACAUGAACCUGAACCUGAACCUGAAUCUGAACCAGAACCUGAGUCCAGCUGUGUGUCCAUGAGGAACGACUGGUCUUUGGAUCGACCUGUACAAUUUAAAAAUAAACAUGCUUCUGAAAAUAAGAUCCAGCAGCAGAGAGCAGACUCCCCUGAGCCCAGCUAUGUGUCCAUGAGGAGCAACGCCUCUAUGGAACCACCUCUACUGUUUAGAGAUAAACUCACUUCUGUGAUUAAGGUCCAGCAGCAGAGAGCAGACUCCCCUGAGCCCAGCUGUGUGUCCAUCGAGAGUGGCUGGUCUAUUGAUCGACCUGUACAAUUUAAAGAUGCUUCUAAAAAUAAGAUAAGCUCUGUGCAGCAGAGAGCAGACUCCCCUGAGCCCAGCUGUGUGUCCAUGAGGAGCAACUGGUCUGUGGAUCGGCCUGUACAAUUUAAAAAUAAAGAUCUUCCUCACUGUGUUCCUGAUGUUUCUAUCAGGGUCCAGCAGCAGAGAGCAGACUCCCCUGAGUCCAGCUGUGUGUCCAUGAGGAGCAACUGGUCUAUGGAUCGACCUGUACAAUUUAAAAAUAAACAUGCUUCUGAAAAUAAGAUCCAGCAGCAGAGAGCAGACUCCCCUGAGCCCAGCUGUGUGUCCAUGAGGGACAAUGCAUCUAUACAGCGAUUUGAUGAAUUCAAAGACAGACGGCACUCUGUGGAUUAUGGAGUCCACCAGCAGAGCUCAGAGCCCAUGGCCCAGUUCCAGCUUUCCCAUGGUCCAGUUGACUCAGGACCAAGUUCAAUCAGCUCCACACCCCUGAAACCCCCAGAGGCCAACGUUGAGCUCAAUACUUUCGCAGGGUGCCAACAAGAACUCAGAUCUAACCUGAAGAAGAAGUUUGAGUGUGUGUUUGAGGGGAUUGCUAAAGCAGGAAACCCAACACCUCUGAAUCAGAUCUACACAGAGCUGUACAUCACAGAGGGAGAGAGUGGAGAGCUCAAUGAGGAACAUGAGGUCAGACAGAUUGAAACAGCAUCCAGGAAACCAGCCAGACCAGAAACAACAAUCAAAUGUGAGGACAUCUUUAAACCUUUACCUGGAAGAGAUCAACCAAUCAGAACAGUGAUGACAAAGGGAGUGGCUGGCAUUGGGAAAACAGUCUUAACCCAGAAGUUCACUCUGGACUGGGCUGAACACAAAGCCAACCAGCAUGUCCACUUCACAUUUCCAUUCACUUUCAGAGAGCUGAAUUUCCUGAAAGGGAAAAAGUUGAGCUUGGUGGAACUUCUUCAUCACUUCUUCACUGAGACCAAAGAAGCAGGAAUCAGCAGGUUUGAGCAGUUCCAGGUUGUGUUGAUCUUUGACGGUUUGGAUGAGUGUCGACUUCCUCUGGACUUCAAGAACAACCAGAUCCUGACUGAUGUUACAGAGUCCACCUCAGUGGACGUUCUGCUGACAAACCUCAUCAAGGGGAACCUGCUUCCCUCUGCUUGCCUCUGGAUAACCACACGACCCGCAGCAGCCAAUCAGAUCCCUCCUGAGUGCGUUGGCAUGGUGACAGAGGUGAGAGGCUUCACUGACCCACAGAAGGAGGAAUACUUCAGGAAGAGAUUCAGAGAUGAGGAGCAGGCCAACAAAAUCAUCUCCCACAUCAAGACGUCACGGAGCCUCCACAUCAUGUGCCACAUCCCAGUCUUCUGCUGGAUCACUGCUACAGUUCUGGAGGACGUGUUGAAAACCAAUGAUGGAGAAGACCUGCCCAAGACCCUGACUGAGAUGUACAUCCACUUCCUGGUGGUUCAGUCCAAAGUGCAGAACGUCAAGUAUCAUGGGAGAGCUGAGACAGAUCCACACUGGACUCCAGAGACCAGGGAGAUGAUCCGGUCUCUGGGAAAACUGGCUUUUGAGGAGCUGGAGAAAGGCAACCUGAUCUUCUAUGAAGCAGACCUGGCAGAGUGUGGCAUUGAUAUCAGAGCAGCUUCAGUGUACUCGGGAGUGUUCACACAGAUCUUUAAAGAGGAGCGUGGGCUAUACCAGGACAAGGUUUUCUGCUUCGUCCAUCUGAGCGUUCAGGAGUUUCUGGCUGCUGUUCAUGUCUUUGUGACAUUCAUCAACUCUGGAGUCAAUCUGCUAAAUUAUGCUUAUAAAUCAGUUUCCAGGCAAGUAAAGCUUGUUUAUAAAACCUCCCAGCUAAAACACCUCUACCAGAGUGCUGUGGACAAGGCCUUACAGAGUCCAAAUGGACACCUGGACUUGUUCCUGCGCUUCCUCCUGGGUCUUUCACUGCAGACCAAUCAGACUCUCCUACGAGGCCUGCUGACACAGACAGGAAAUAGCUCACAGACCAAUCAGGAAACAGUCCAGUUCAUCAAGGAGAAGAUCUGGGACAAUCCUUCUCCAGAGAGAAGCAUCAACCUGUUCCACUGUCUGAAUGAGCUGAAUGACCAUUCUCUAGUGGAGGAGAUCCAACAGUACCUGAGUUCAGGACGUCUCUCUACAGCCAAACUGUCCCCUGCUCAGUGGUCAGCUCUGGUCUUCAUCUUACUGUCAUCAGAAGACAAUCUGGAGAUGUUUGACCUGAAGAAAUACUCUGCUUCAGAGGAGGCUCUUCUGGGGCUUCUGCCACUUGUCAAAGCCUCCAAGAAAUCUGUGCUGUCAGACUGUCUGCUCACACAGGAAGGCUGUGCUUCUCUGGCCUCAGCUCUGAGCUCCAACCCCUCCCAUCUGAGAGAGCUGGACCUGAGCUACAAUCAUCCAGGAGACUCAGGAGUGAAGCUGCUCUCUGCUGGACUGGAGGAUCCAACCUGGAGACUGGAGGCUCUCAGGCUGUCAGGCUGUCUGCUCACACAGGAAGGCUGUGCUUCUCUGGCCUCAGCUCUGAGCUCCAACCCCUCCCAUCUGAGAGAGCUGGACCUGAGCUACAAUCAUCCAGGAGACUCAGGAGAUUCAGGAGUGAAGCUGCUCUCUGCUGGACUGGAGAGUCCACACUGCAAACUGGAGGCUCUCAGGAUGUCAGGCUGUCUGCUCACACAGGAAGGCUGUGCUUCUCUGGCCUCAGCUCUGAGCUCCAACCCCUCCCAUCUGAGAGAGUUGGACCUGAGCUACAAUCAUCCAGGAGACUCAGGAGUGAAGCUGCUCUCUGCUCGACUGGAGGAUCCAACCUGGAGACUGGAGGCUCUCAGGCUGUCAGGCUGUCUGCUCACACAGGAAGGCUGUGCUUCUCUGGCCUCAGCUCUGAGCUCCAACCCCUCCCAUCUGAGAGAGCUGGACCUGAGCUACAAUCAUCCAGGAGACUCAGGAGUGACGCUGCUCUCUGCUGGACUGGAGGAUCCAACCUGGAGACUGGAGGCUCUCAGGCUGUCAGGCUGUCUGCUCACACAGGAAGGCUGUGCUUCUCUGGCCUCAGCUCUGAGCUCCAACCCCUCCCAUCUGAGAGAGCUGGACCUGAGCUAC